CUCCACAACGCUGUGCAGUCCAGUCCUGUUUGGCUGUGUCACUGUGUGUGGCGCCGUGUAUGUGUAGCUAGGGCUAGUGGUGUAGCUAGCGCCUUGUACAAGCUAGGACUGGUGCUUCUCCAGUCCUCCUCUUCUCCCUCUACCUAGCUUGCUUCUGCUAUAAAGGGCGCCGGCUGAGGCAGGGUAAUCGAUAGGGAGGGAGGCGAGAUGACUCGAUCAAGGCCGACGACCACCAUGGGGGGAUCCGUACCAGACCACCACCAGCAGCAGCACGACGGGGAGGUGGACGGCGGGCAGCUGCAGCACGGCGGCGAGCACGUGGAGACGGUGAUGCCCGGGUUCCGUUUCCACCCGACGGAGGAGGAGCUGAUCGAGUUCUACCUCCGUCGCAAGGUGGACGGCAAGCGCUUCAACAUCGACCUCAUCGCCUCCGUCGACCUCUACCGCUACGACCCAUGGGAUCUCCCCGCACUGGCGUCGAUCGGGGACAAGGAGUGGUUCUUCUAUGUGCCUCGGGACCGCAAGUACCGGAACGGCGACCGGCCGAACCGGGUGACGCCGUCAGGGUACUGGAAGGCCACGGGGGCGGACAGGAUGGUGAAAGUCGUGGAGGGCAACCGCUCCAUCGGCCUCAAGAAGACGCUCGUCUUCUACGUCGGCAAGGCACCCAAGGGCCUCCGCAGCAGCUGGAUCAUGAACGAGUACCGCCUGCCACACGGUGAAACCGAACGGUACCAAAAGGAAAUUUCGCUCUGCCGGGUCUAUAAACGCCCAGGGAUUGACGACAACUUCCACCUCACCGGCACAACAACAAGGUCGCCUGGCUCCAGAGCGGCGGCAACCAGGCACAGUACAGCAGCGCACCGGACGUCAGUGGCAACUCAUCGCCAGCAGCCGCCAGUGUUUGUCGAGGGUGGCGGUCACCACUCAUCAUCUGCUCUCAAGGCGUAUAACGCGCACACGACCCAAGGAACAAAUGCAGCCGGCACCAUGGCAUCACUGUCGGCGGCAGCGGCAGGGGCGCCGCCGCCGGCAAUGUUUCGGUCGACGGCCUCUGUAGCCUCGCUGAGCUCCACGACCUCGACAGAGGAGGAUGGCACAUCGCUCUACCACCACCACCUCAAAGGACACAACAACCCAGCAGUAAUGCAACUGCAUUCUUCCACGCACGCCACGCUGCUCAACACCAAUUCCUCGGCAAUGGCGACCAUCCCGAUCGAUGAGCUGAGUCGGGCGAUUGGGUCCUACAGCCAAGCUUCAAACCCUAACCAGCCCACGGCGCCACUGCAAGGCCCUUUGCUUAACUUCCCUAGCUUGGAGAAGAUCUGGGACUGGAACCCUCUCCUAGAAUCUCCAAAGGUUUGCACAAGCUUCAAGUAACUUCUUAGUUGCAUGAAUGGAUCAAUGCACCUAUCAUAUAUAUGCCUCCCAUUAUUUGUAUACUUAUGUAUAUGUAGACAAUUAUCCGGGCUAGGACAAGGCUAUAUAUGUAAUGGAAUAGGUAACAAAUUAAGGCGGUUCUAGUCCCAUGCAAUUAAUUGGUGUAACACUGUCUGUGCAUUUCAAUUCCGAAUAAAGGUUAAUCAAAAUUAUAGAUAUGUGAUCCAA